GCAUUCAGUACUGGCAACGGGAAGUUUGGAGGAUGUGUGCACUCAGAUCACUCCAAAUCCCUGCCUGCAGAGAGGCUGCGGUAGGUCUCCUGUCCGGCAUCUGCUCUUGCUUACUUGUUGGCAUGUUAGUCUCACUACCAACAGACAUCACGGGGAGUUUUACAGCUCAGGUGAGUUCCAAUGAAUCGGCUCAUGAAGGGGAAACUCGCUGGCCCACACUGAGAGAAGAAUGGCACCACCCUCUGGGUGCAACCUCCUUGUCAUUGGUGCACUGGGCGUCUUUGCACUUGACUGCCUCGCGAGAGCUCAGCAGAACAGCACGCUGAUUUUCACGAAGGAAAACACCAUUCGGAAGUGCAGCUGCUCUGCGGACAUCCGGGAUUGUGAUUACAGUUUGGCCAACCUGAUGUGCAGCUGUAAAACCGUCCUGCCUCUCGCAGUCGAGCAAAGCAGCUACAAUGACCAUCUGACCAUCUGGUUCACAGACACGUCUGCACUGGGACUCCUGUUGAACUUCACGCUGGUCCGGGACCUGAAGCUUUCUCUGUGCAGUACCAACAUUCUCCCCACUGAGUACCUGGCUAUUUGUGGUCUGAAGAGGCUUCGCAUCAGCACCGAGGCCAAGCAUCCCUCCCCAGAGCAGAGUUUACUCAUCCACGAUGGUGGGGAGAGAGAAUCCAGAGAGAAGCCCAUGUGGUUACACCAAGGCUGGCAAACCUGUAUGUAUAUCUCCUUCUUAGAUAUGGCACUUUUCAACAGGGAGUCAUCCUUAAAAUCAUAUAGUAUUGCAAACUCUGCUGGCAUGGCCGGCAACUUCCCCUCCUUUUCCUACUUUAAAACCUUCCCAAUUCUAAGCAACAAAAGCUAUGUUGUCACAUUCAUUUACUAACAUUGUAGCUGUGUCCAACCUUUGGGACCUUUGGCACAUUAUGGAUCAUUUCAGCGAGGAAUCUGUGAACAAGGUCAUGGGUUUUCCUAUCCUCAACUUCACUUCACCCUCAGCCCCCAUUCUGCCGGCCCUCUCUGCUCUGCCCAUGCCCAUCCAUGGGAAAACAAAAUAAAAAGAGCCAAAAAACCUACUUGAUUCAGUCCAGAAACGUGCCUUGAGGGCCAGCUAGAGGCUAUGUCCUUGCUACUGGGGGCAGAUGGAGAAAUGUCAGAUCAGAAAUGGAGAGAGCAGUGCACCCCAGGAACCACUUAGUGGAGCUCAGCAGAGGGGAUGACCCCCAAGAAAAGCAUCUUCCUUCAAAACAUUGCCUUAAUUUUUUUUUUUUUUUUUGCUUCAUUUUGUUAGAUAGGUUGGAAUUCCCCUAAGUAGAGAAUGAUAGACUUCAGCAUUCUGAGACUGUGAGCGCCACAAAAUGAUUAGGUUCUCUUAGACUGGUAUUUUCCAAAUAUCUUGUUAAGAAUAUUCACAUUGAGAAAGGGGAGUCUUGUGAGUGUGUUUAGUGAAGGAGGUUUGAAGCUUGGAGGAUAGGGUGGGACCUUAGGACCAAAUGAGGGCACUAGGAUCCUGAGGAAGGGAUACAGAAAUAAAAAUUGGAAGUCACAAAAACCAAGUGCAUUGGAGUCUUUCCUUAGAGCAAGGCCUAAACCCAGGGAAAGUUUUCCUCUUCUAGCCCUUCAUGUCCUUCUCUUGUCUUGCCUCCUAUCUUCGGCCCUGCUGUACCACUUCCCCAUUUUUCCUCUCAUUGUCUUCAUCUCCCUCCUCCUCCUUCUCCUGCUGCAGAAAUCAGAAUUUAGAUUAAUACCAGUAGAACUAUGUUUGACUACAUUAGGGACUAGCCUGGGAAUGUAAUAGUCCCUUAUAACAUUACUCCCAUGGGUAAAUAUGCCCAGAUUACUAAUAGAUAAUUAACGAAAGAACUUUUAGCACUCGGUCCAUUUGGAAGUUUAAGACUGGAAAGUCAAGACACUUUGUAUGAUGGGGUUAACACAGAAUGGUUUUAUGUGCAUUGAUACAAGGAACUAACACAACAUAUUUCUUUUUUAAUUAAAUUGACUUGGGGAUUCCCUGGUGGUCCAGGUUAGGAUGCCGCAGUCUCACACCUGAGGGCCCGGGUUCAAUCCCUGGUUGGGGAAGUAGGAUCCUGCAAGCCAUGUGGCACAGCCAAAAAAAUAAAAAAUAAAUACAUUUUAAAAUUAAUUAGUUAAUUAAUUAAACUGACUCAUCAUUGUACGAAGAAAAUCUUCUCUCCCAGAGACCCAACUAACCAUUAAAGUGGAAUAUAAAGAAUCUAUGGCAAUUAUGGUAUAAAUGUCUAAAUUCAGAGUGCAAAGAAUUUGAAACAUUACUGAAUUUAUGAUAUCAUAAUAAGAAAUAGUUUUAUUAUGAAAUGACAGGCUGUCUUGGAAUUGACGACUUUAUAUCACAUUCAUCACAUUUUUCUCUUAACUUUAACACAGGGUAACUGAAAUAACCUGAAAUGUCUACAUUAGCUUAAUUGGUGGGGGAUUUGGCCAUUCGGGCUAAUUAGCAUGCAUCUAUAAUAUCAGUGUUUAAAUUAGGCCAAAACUAAGACCAAAAUAUGAAUUCUAAUAGAAAAACGUAAUGACCUCAUUACUGACAUUGUAUUUGAGAGGUAAGAUUAAAGUGAUGGAAAAAGACAAAGAAGAAAAAAAGAGCGAGAAAGAAUGCCAAGAAGGAUACAAGUGAAAAGAUUAAUAAUAAAUAUA